UUGUUCGAGCAGCUACGCGAAUCGUGCAGAUUUGAACUGCGGAUCGGAUCACAUCCGCGCCCGUUGAUGUACACAUCUCUAUCGAUCUUAAAUUUAUAAAUAGAGGGCGAAAAGGCUUUUUCCCUCUCUUCAUCACCAGCAAUUUCUUACAACGGCUUCGGUAAUUAUUAUCAGCAAAAACCAAAGAAAGAAAAGGAAACUUUAUCCGAAAACUAUUCGCGACGAAACAAAGAUAGUUUGGUUUAUUCAUAUACAUUUAUUGAAAGACAAGAUUUUUAAAUCCUUUUUUUAGGUUUCCUACCGUUUUGGCGCUUACACUAGGUACAUGUUACAUGAUAUGUAUCGUUAUAGUUCGUUGGAACAGAAGAACAAGCUGUACUUCGUAAUGUAUUACAAGGCAUUUGUGCCUUAUACAUUGAGGUCAAUUCUCUAUGGGUUGGAAUUACCGAUAAUGGUAUUAUUUGUAUGGGAAAGCAGAAAAUUAUUUACAAGGCACUGAACUAGCUUAUAAUCUAUCUUUGAUUCUAUUUAAUUUAUAGGUAUUUUCAUCGUAAUCCUAACUACUAAAUAAAUUCCUAAUUAUGUCAACUUCCAACAUUUGCGCUUUAAACACUCAAGGAUUUCGCUUAUUUUAUCUUUUAUAAGGACAAAACCUCUUUCGCUAUGAAGAACCCUGGUGGAAUAUCUAUUUGGCAGUUCCAUGAUGGUUUUAAGGAAGCUAUUUUGUACGACUUGUAUAGUCUGCAUAUUUGUGCGAGAGCACCUUCCCCAAGCGUUGCCACCGUACGUUAUUGAUGGUAAAACAAUCAGAUCUGUUUUCCAUCGAUAAACCCGAAUGAUUUUUUAAGAGGGAGUAGAGCAUUCGAAAAAGAUGGCCUGUUUUGGUUUUUAUAUAGCCUACGUGAUCUUGGAGAAGAUGGCUGAAUACAGAAAUGACACAUACCAUCUCUUCAUAGACUUCAAAGCCGCAUACGAUAGCCAAGGUAAAACUGUACGACGCUAUGAGCUCAUUUGGAAUCCCGGCCAAACUGAUAAGGCUAGUUACAAUGACUAUGACCAACGUCACAUGCCAGGUGAGGAUGGAUGGAAAACUCUCAGGACCUUUUGCUACCACCAAAGGUCUACGCCAGGGAGACGGGCUUGCCUGUCUCCUAUUCAACCUGGCACUAGAGAGGGCCAUUCGCGACUCGAGGGUGGAGACUACGGGAACCAUCUUCUAUAAGUCAACCCAGAUCCUGGCAUACGCUGAUGAUAUAGACAUCAUUGGUCUGCGGCUCUCCUAUGUAGCAGAAGCCUACCAAGGGAUCGAGCAGGCGGCAGAGAUCCUCGGAUUGCAGAUAAACGAGGCAAAGACCAAACUGAUGGUGGUAACAUCAGCGGGCCUACCAAUAAAUAAUCAGAAUUUACGUAGGCGUGAUGUACAGAUAGGUGAACACACGUUUGAAGUCGUCCCAGAAUUCACCUAUCUUGGGUCAAAGGUCAGCAACGACAACAGCAUGGAAGCUGAGUUGCGCGCAAGGAUGCUGGCUGCCAACCGGUCAUUCUACAGCCUGAAAAAGCAGUUCACCUCAAAGAACCUGUCGCGACGGACGAAGCUGAGACUAUAUAGUACCUAUAUAGUACCAGUACUCAUAUCCCAAGUAGCAACCGAAGCCUGUUUCUCCGAGUUUCAACCCCCUCAUGUCCAAAAACUGCCUUCGCUCACUAUUCCUAUCCCAUUUCUACAUUCUACAAUGUUUGUUGCGUUCUCGCUCAUGAGGGUGUUAGUCAAUUCUCUCUUGCCACACGAAGAGAAUUCUCCUGCACACUUCGUGUGUUGGAUUCUACCCAUCCCUGUUGAACACACGUCAUUUUCUUCCAUCGCACUCAUCAGGGUGUUUGCUCUUUUCCUUCCAAGCCAAAGAGCGACUUCAAUGUGCUCUGAACCGUGGACAUGAGAGUGUGUGUUUGUGUGCUGUGUGAACUAUUUUUCCUGCGUGAAACACUUUCCAUACUGCGCCAUCCGCGGUGUUCUUUCUGCUUCAUCGGAGGACGAAUUUUUAUCAUCUAAUUGUUUGGGUAAGUGUCCUUUUCUAAGUGUCUAGUGCUAUGUGACAUUUAUUCUAAUUCUAAUAUUAUUCUAAUAUGCAAUGUUUUGCACAUUACAAGUUUCAGAUGUGUGCUGCUACCGCUAGCUGUUCCUCAAACUACUUAAAAAGUGUGACACUGUGUGCACAGGCGUUCAAGUUUCAAUUGAUCCUCAAGCACAAAGCCUUCAUACAACACCGCGAUCGAGGCGCGCCAAAUCUGAUGACAUCUUUCCUGAACCAAGCAGGCUGAACACGCGCACCACCACGGGCUCCAGCGCGGUGUGAAGAGGGAAGAAGAAAAGACAGAAAUGGAAACAGCCGCACCAGGCGGCCACCGUGUGUGUGUAUGUAAGUAUGUGAGAACACAUGUGUGAAUCCUCUUGUGGGAACUGCAAAAAGAAGAGAAUAAAGAGUGUGAAGCAGCUAGACUGCCGCAACCAAA